UGCUGACCUUUUCAAGAUGGCGGUCCGCGGGUGCCACUCUCGGGCUCGCGCACCUCCCCAAGAUGGCGGCGCCCGAGGCCUGGCGCGCCCGGAGUUGCUGGUUCUGUGAGGUAGCGGCGGCAACGACCAUGGAGGCCACGUCCCGGGAGGCGGCGCCAGCGAAGAGCUCGGCCUCGGGCCCCAGCGCUCCCCCCGCCCUGUUCGAGCUGUGCGGGCGGGCGGUGAGCGCCCAUAUGGGGGUUCUGGAGAGCGGGGUGUGGGCCCUCCCAGGCCCAAUACUUCAGAGCAUCUUACCUCUGCUCAAUAUAUAUUACUUGGAGAGGAUUGAGGAAACUGCCCUCAAGAAAGGCCUCUCCACUCAGGCCAUCUGGCGCCGACUAUGGGAUGAGCUGAUGAAGACAAGGCCUUCCAGUUUGGAAAGUGUGACCUGUUGGCGAGCCAAGUUUAUGGAAGCCUUUUUUUCCCAUGUUCUACGUGGGACCAUUGAUGUAUCUUCUGACAGGCGUCUCUGCGACCAGCGCUUCUCACCUCUUCUGCACAGCUCCCGCCAUGUCCGGCAGCUCACCAUCUGCAAUAUGCUGCAGGGUGCGACGGAGCUGGUGGCCGAGCCCAACCGCAGGGUUCUGGAGACCCUGGCCAGUUCCCUGCACACCCUCAAGUUCCGCCACCUGCUGUUCUCUGAUGUGGCUGCUCAGCAGUCACUCCGGCAGCUUCUGCAUCAGCUUAUUCACCAUGGGGCUGUCAGCCAAGUGUCGCUCUACUCCUGGCCUGUGCCCGAGUCAGCCCUUUUCAUCCUUAUCCUCACCAUGAGUGCUGGCUUCUGGCAGCCAGGCCCUGGCGGCCCACCUUGCCGCCUCUGUGGAGAGGCCUCCCGAGGCCGGGCCCCAUCCCGAGAUGAAGGGUCCCUCUUGCUGGGCUCACGCAGGCCUCGCAGGGAUGCUGCUGAGCGAUGUGCUGCAGCCCUGAUGGCCUCUCGGCGGAAGAGCGAAGCCAAGCAGAUAGCCAGAGCUGCACCUGCCACCCGGGUAACACGCCGGAGCACACAGGAGAGCCUGACAGCAGGUGGGACAGACCCCAAGAGGGAUCUGCACCCUCCGGCAACUUCCCAUGAGGCGCCUGGCACCAAGCGGCCAUCCUCUGCUCCAGCCACCAGCUCCUCUGCCUCUGCCUCCUCUUCCACAUCCUCAUCCAAACGGGCUCCAGCUAGCUCAGCCCCACAGCCUAAGCCCCUAAAGCGUUUUAAGCGAGCUACAGGGAAGAAGGGUCCUCGCACCCGUCAGGGGUCUGGUGCAGAGUCUGAAGACCUGUAUGACUUUGUUUUCAUUGUGGCCGGUGAGAAGGAGGAUGGGGAAGAGAUGGAGAUCGGGGAAGUGGCUUGUGGAGCUCUGGAUGGAUCAGAUCCCAGCUGCCUGGGGCUUCCAGCACUGGAGGCCUCCCAGCGAUUCCGCAGCAUCUCCACCUUGGAGCUGUUCACAGUUCCGCUGUCCACAGAGGCGGCUCUUACACUGUGCCACCUGCUGAGCUCCUGGGUGUCUCUGGAGAGCCUCACACUCUCCUAUAAUGGCCUGGGCUCUAACAUCUUCCGCCUGCUGGACAGUCUGCGGGCCCUGUCAGGCCAGGCUGGAUGCCGCCUCCGAGCCCUGCAUCUCAGUGAUCUGUUCUCACCACUGCCCAUCCUGGAGCUGACACGUGCCAUUGUGCGAGCCCUGCCCCUACUGCGGGUCCUCUCUAUCCGUGUUGAUCACCCCAGCCAGAGGGACAACCCUGCUGUGCCAGGGAAUGCAGGGCCCCCUAACCACAUAAUUGGAGAUGAAGAGAUACCAGAAAACUGCCUGGAACAGCUGGAGAUGGGAUUUCCACGGGGAGCCCAACCAGCCCCACUGCUCUGUUCUGUACUGAAGGCCUCAGGUUCUCUGCAGCAGCUGUCUCUGGAUAGUGCCACCUUUGCCUCUCCCCAAGAUUUUGGGCUUGUGUUACAGACACUCAAAGAGUACAACCUGGCCCUGAAGAGGCUGAGCUUCCAUGACAUGAACCUGGCUGACUGUCAGAGCGAGGUGCUCUUUUUGCUACAGAAUCUGACUCUUCAAGAGAUUACCUUCUCCUUCUGCCGUCUGUUUGAGAAGCGCCCGGCCCAAUUUCUGCCUGAGAUGGUUGCUGCUAUGAAGGGCAACUCCACACUGAAGGGCCUCCGGCUGCCAGGGAACCGCCUGGGGAACGCUGGCUUGCUGGCCCUGGCAGAUGUUUUCUCAGAGGACUCCUCCUCCUCUCUGUGUCAGCUGGACAUCAGUUCCAACUGCAUCAAGCCAGAUGGCCUUCUGGAGUUCGCCAAGCGGCUGGAGCGCUGGGGCCGUGGAGCCUUUGGUCACCUGCGCCUCUUCCAGAACUGGCUGGACCAGGAUGCAGUCACAGCCAGGGAAGCCAUUCGGCGGCUCCGGGCCACUUGCCACGUGGUUAGCGACUCGUGGGACUCAUCCCAGGCCUUUGCAGAUUAUGUCAGCACCAUGUGAUGGGGCCCAUGUUUCACAGGCCCAUGCUCAGUACCAUCAGCUUGCAGGGGCUGAGACAUGGGCUGUGACAUGGGCUGCCCAGAACUCCCAAACACCAACUCUGUCUUUCUCUUUCUGCCACCUUUUUUUCUCUUUUUUCCUUCUUCCCUUGCACUGAGGUCCUGGUGGCCUUGAUGGGGCUCAGCAAAGGUAUUCCCACAACUGGAUGUAGAGCCUCUGGGCCCCUUACCCAGUACUCUGGGAACCCUGGGCCAGGUUAUAGUGCUCCUCAGUCACUGAGGACAGCUCCCCGCCCCCUGCCCAAGGUUCCUGCUUUCCUUCCCGAAGCAGGCACCCAGGCUUUAGAGAAGUUUAGGAGUGUCCACUACCAGGCCUCUUCUCCGCUGGGCUUACCAUGCUGCUUCCAGGCCUCAGUCCCUUUCAUACCUUUAUUCCUUUCUUUUUUUUU